AGAUUUCUGUUAUUGUUUGAGCUGAAGCCUUGCUCUGCUUCCAAUACAUUUUAAUUUGAAGCUUUUGGGUUCAGAUUUCACAAACACCUGACAUGUAUGUGGCCUACUUAGGCCCCACCUAACAGCCAGUUGAGUCCUGCAUGAAGGCCAGAUUGGCCAUUGACAUGGAGCCAUUAUCGAAACCGUGGUUAUCCCAUACAGGGCCCGUUUUAUUUCCCAUAUACUACUCACAUGGGCCUUACAAACAAAUGCGGACUGUUUUUGGGAGUGGCUGUUUUAACCUGGACUGAAAUAAAUUAACGAACGGAACCAAAGAUCCCCUUUGCAGGACUUGAGAUCCAUUGUCUUGGAAAUUACCAAAUUCAACAAAUUUCUUUGUGUGCUGGAAUGGAAACGAUAAUUGCUAUGCCAUUAAGGGGAUUUUUUUUCUGUUCAUUUGGAAUAUUAUAUUUAUUUUUUAACAGUUCUUUUUGUCCCACUACUGGCUACGUGCUGAAGAACUGCUUGGUCACACUGAACACACAGGCCAUUUGUCAGAAGAACAGUUUCAAAGUAUUUCCAAAGGACAUUCCAGCAAGAGUCACAAUAAUAGACCUGUCUCAAAACAGAAUUUCUAUACUAAAUAAAACACCUUUGGCAAAUUUAUCAAAUCUGUUGCGCUUAGACCUGAGACACAACUUGAUCUCCAAGAUUGAAUCUGGCACUUUUGUGGUUCAAAUGUCUCUAGAGGUGUUGAUUAUAAACAACAAUAUGCUUUGUAAGCUAGAGGAGGGUAUGUUUGAUGGAUUAGUCAAUCUCACAGAAUUGAGUCUGACUUUCAAUAACAUUGACACAAUAGCACCGGCCUCUUUCAAGUCUCUGAGCAAACUUAGGUUUUUGGACCUAGGCCACAACAAACUGCGCAACUUAGGAAAUAUCUUACAUCAUACACCACAUUUACAAACCCUGUACAUUACAGCAAACCACAUUUCCACUUUUCAUUCAUGGGAGCUAUCAAAUAAGUCUACAGAGCUUGUUACACUUGAUUUGUCUAAAAAUGAGCUUAUGGCCUUUAGGCUCACUGCAGAUAUAUUUCCCAACCUCACAAGCUUGAACCUUGAGGAUGGUUUAAAGAAUGGUAUCGUCUGGGAGGUGAAUGACACAUCGUACCUUAGUGGUGUGUCCAAACUAGAUAUCAGUGCGGUUCGCUCCUCAUUACAUGAACUGCAGGAAGUUCUAGGGACAAUUAACUCCUCACUGAGGUAUCUGAAGUUGAACCAUAUGAAUAACAACCUGCAGGAUCUCAUCGAUUUUUCCUGCAAAAACCCAUCGCUGAGCUCUUUGGAAAUCCGAAAUAACGGCAUCAAAGUUAUAGGUUCAGACAUGCUGAACCUGUGUACUAAUCUGUAUCUUUUGGAUUUAGGGGAAAAUGAGAUAACUAAAAUCUCUGACAAUUCGUUUCAAUCUCUUUGGCAGCUUAAAGUUUUAAUCAUAAAGUCUAACCAACUCACAUCGGUCCCCUAUGCCAUAAGGAACACCGGAAUCUCAACACUGGAUCUCAGCUCCAAUAACAUCAAUGGCCUUGACUGUGAUGAUUUUGCCAAUAUGACCUAUCUCAUAAUUCUCCAUCUAAACAAUAAUCCUCUUUUGGCUCUCAACAAUUGUGUUUCCAAAGAUUUGGUCAAUUUAAAGAUAUUAAUGUUGCAAAACAGCCGUAUUAGUCACUUAAACAGCACCUUCAAAAAAGACAUGCCAAAUCUUGAAGUGCUUACUUUAUUUAACAAUCAACUCGCUGUUCUAGAUUAUGGAGAAUUUAAAGCUCUGGAUAACCUCCAGAAUCUGUCAUUACAGGGGAAUAAAUUAGAACAACUUAAAAAUGGGACUUUUUUUGGACUGUCCAGUCUUACAUAUCUUAAUCUCGAAUCAAAUGAAAUAACUGAAAUUGCAAACGGGACUUUUGGUGACUUGAAAGCUUUAAAGACAUUGAAUUUGAUGAGCAAUCACAUUAUAUAUGAAUCGGAAGAGCCUAUUGAUUAUCCACCAUUUGCUGAGCUUUCCAACCUGGAUACAUUGCUCAUUUCAUCUCAACGCAGACACCAUAGGUUCAACCUCCCUCAAAACUUUCUGAAAGGCCUGAAAAAUCUCUCGGUACUCAAUAUCAAGGGUAACAAGCUUACAUCCCUGCACCCACUCACCUUCAUCGAUACUCCUAAUUUGAAUAAGAUUGAUUUGUCUGGUAAUUAUUUAACAGACAUUCCAGACAAUUUGUUUUCCCCAAUUCAAAAACUAAAAAGUCUUUACAUUUCACAUAUAAACCUGAGGUCUCUAGAUUUUCUGCUCCAUGCUAACUUCUCGGAGCUGGAGUUCUUGCAGGUGGGGAAUAAUUCUUUUUCUGUGAUUAGAGAGCAAGUGAUACUGUCUCUGUCAGCACUUAAUUACCUGAAUAUGCAGGGUAAUAGCUUCACCUGUAACUGUGACAAUGCAUGGUUCCUCAAAUGGGUAAUCACGAACAAGCAAACACAAGUGUUUGAUGCGUACAACUUUGAAUGCAACUACCCUCCAGACCUCAAAGGAAAAAAACUGUUGCAGAUUGAUGUCCAUUCUUGUACAGUAGACACGGACUUCAUCUGUUAUAUUUCCACGGCAUGCGCGGUCAUCAUGACCAUAGCAGUCGCCUUCACCCACCAUUUCCUACAAUGGCAUCUGGUCUACGGGUACUACCUCAUGCUGGCGUUCCUCUACAACUCAAAGCACAAGAACAAGCGUGCUCAUCAAUAUGACGCCUUCGUCUCCUACAACGCAAACGACGAGGGCUGGGUGCUGGGGGAGCUGCUGCCCAAGCUUGAGGACGAGCAGGGCUGGAGACUGUGUCUGCACCACCGAGACUUCCAGCCAGGUAAACCAAUCAUGGAAAACAUAACAGACGCCAUUUAUGGCAGCCGGAAAACCAUCUGUGUGGUCAGUGCUGAUUACCUGGAGAGUGAAUGGUGCUCCAGAGAGAUCCAGGUUGCCAGCUUCCGUCUGUUUGACGAGCAGAAGGACGUGCUGAUCCUGGUGUUCCUGGAGGACAUUCCCAUGCAGCAGCUGUCUCCGUACUACCGUAUGAGGAGGCUCCUGAAGAGAAAAACCUACCUGAGCUGGUCCCGCGCAGACGCACACCCAGACCUGUUCUGGGAGAAGCUCCGGCAGGCCCUGGACACCCAGGAGCACCCAAUGGGUGAGCAUCUACGGCUCACCGUGGAGGACGGCCCCACUGGAGAGAGACCAGACCAGUAAAAGGUUUAGAAAUGCUGGGGGGAGGGAGGGGGGGGGGGGAUUCUACUAGAGACAUCCGAGGUCUGUAUUUGGAGGGAAAGUGAAAUAGUUCUCCUUGCCAGCUUUGUUCGUUUUUGGUGUAUUAUAAAAUACCUUCUUAAUCUGGUUGAUGGGUACCUCUGGUGUUGAUUUGUAUUUGUAUGCAUUGCCGACAUUUGUGUAAACAUUGUCUUAUGUGUUCCAACGUGUGCGGUUGGGCAUUUCUGAUGAAAUCUGAGGUGAACUGACCUGAGGUUUGUCUUCGACAAUAAAGACUCCUUCAGGGUGGGAGUUCUGAAUCCCAAUCGAUGAGUUAAUUAGCUCAAGUGCUUACCAAUCAUUAGCAUGCAAAGGUAUGUAGACCACCAUCACUAUGACAAGAGUGAAGUUCUCUCACUUGUUUUUUUUUACGUAACUCUAUAGCUUAUUAUUGUAUCCAGGCCUUACUUAAAAGAGGAAACUAUCAUCAUUUCCAAAACACAAAUCAAAGACUGCAACUUUACCAUCUGUAAAAAGUUGAGUAUUUCUAAACCUGACUUUGCCCGUGCACAUUGCUGUGUAGUGACCCCUAGAGGGCUGCCAUGUAUAUAGCAUCUUUGAUAAAAGUUUAUAUUAAUCGAAUGGUUUGUAUAAGAAUAAAGUUUUAUGAUGGAAAAUUAA